GGUGGAGCUACAGGACCCCGAAUUCAACUUCAAAUUCAACCUCUGAACAAAUGAAUCUUCCUGAGGGGAAACUCGAUCGACUCAUUCAAACCCUAAAAAAAGAAAGUACAUUUCUAAGCGCCCCGUUUAAGCUCAUUUUUCCUAACUGGAGUCUAUAGCAGAUGUGUGAGUCCUCAGCUCGGGCAGCAGGUGUUUCUGCAGCUGGACUGUUUACGUCUAUUCGGUAGAUUCGUGCGCACUUAUCGACACAUCGGAACGUUUUAGGCAUUUACUCGUUCACGAGGAGUUAACGUUAAAUUGGGACGUUUCCAGGUCUUUUGUACCCUGGUUAACCUGUUGGAUACGCAAAUUGUUCUGGAUACGAUAACAAAUUAACCAAAUACAUCUAACAGUAUUUUCUGCACACCCGCGGGGUUCAGAUGGAUGAAGGCACGGUUAAUAAACACAGGCUUGGAUUGUAAAGGGUCCCUUGAAGCAACGUUAACUGCCGUGAGGAUGGUCGAAAUGAUCGGCUAGGUAACGUUAACUUAAUUCGUCUGUGAGACGUCGAAACAACGCAGGUUUAUAGGAGAUAUCGAUAAGUUAAAUCGUGUUAAUACUUAUCUGGGAUCAAUACAGAAUCACAAUGGUGAGCCGGCGCGGGACACAGAAGAGCGGCGCGCGCUCAUGUCAGAGCUGUUUGCGGAGCAUCCCCUCACAUUUGGAGCAAAUUCCCUCUCUUUCCGUGCCGCUUUCUAACCGGCAGUUUGAAGGAACCGUCUUAUUAAGCGCAAGAUGUGACGAUGAAGAUAAAAGCUUUCAACAAGCCCCGAUUCGUGAAAGUAAAGGGACCGGAGACAAACUCGCGGACUCGGAGCUUCUGAAUAAGAUUCCUCUCAUGAAUGCGGUGAAGAGGAGCGCGCACUUUUCUUUACCCACCUCGAUAUCUGACGAGGGUACAGAUUCCGGCUUUAGCGGGCUUCAAAGCCCCUUUACCGGAGGCAAAGUUAAAGGGAUUAUGGACAGCCAAGGAAAUGUUAGAGAGGUGAUGAUGGGGACAGCGAGGCGCGGGAUGUGGGCUUGGAUAUUUGCCCUCGUGUUCUUCUGGAAUAGCCACGUGUUGCGCGCUCAAGACAUCGCCCCGUACUUUAAAACCGAGGCAGGAGGUGCACAGACGCACCUGGAGGGGAACAGACUUGUGCUCACCUGUUUGGCCGAGGGCAGCUGGCCGCUGGAGUUCAAAUGGAUCAGAAACACUACAGACAUCACUGAAUAUUCUCCCGAGUACAGGUACACAUUGGGAUCUUUAAACCGCGAGGAUGCGGGCGUAUAUCAAUGUGUCGUGAGGAACAGGAUGGGGGCACUGAUUCAAACGAGAGCUGAUGUUCGUGUGGCUUACAUGGAUGACUUUGCUGAACUGGAACAGAGAAAAACAAUCUCUCAAGGAAGGGCAGCCAUCCUGAAUCCCCCCGCUGUGGCUAGUUAUCCACGCCCUCAGGUCACAUGGUUCAGAGAGGGCUACAAAAUCAUCCCUAACCAUCGGAUAGCAAUAACGUUGGAAAAUCAGCUUGUGGUGUUGGGUACAACAGCAGCAGAUGCAGGCCGGUAUUAUGUGCAAGCUGUGAAUGAACGCAAUGGAGAAAACAAAACCAGCCCUUUCAUUUACCUGAGUAUAGCAGUAAACAAGAGGAAUCGUGGUUCUCUUGACAGUAUUGCACCCGCUGAAUUGGUUGCCCCGGUGAUCGUGAUCGCACCUAAGAACACAUCAGUGGUUGCCGGGGCGAGUGAAGCGACUCUCGAGUGCGUCGCUAAUGCAAGGUCUCUUGACAGACUGCAGGUGUUCUGGAAGCGUAAUGGGGUGAGACUAACAACAGGAGUGGACUCAUUCAGUCGCAGGCUGGUCAUCAGUAACCCCACUUCAGCCGACACAGGCCUGUAUGUUUGCGAGGCGGCGCUCACAAACACCAGCCAAAAAAGCACAGAGGCCAAAGCGUACCUGUCAGUCUUGGAGCCUCCGUACUUUACAUCCAAGCCAAAAAGAACGGUGAUAACCGAAAUUGAGAAGACUAUUGAACUUCAGUGUCAGGCCAAAGGGGUUCCCACACCAAAACUGGAGUGGUACAAAGAUGCUGUUCCUCUGUCCACGCUGAAUAACCCUCGAUACAAGUUAACCUCUUCCUUGAUGGCUCUACAAGUGCGGAAAAUUCAACCGGAUGAUGCGGGAAUAUUCCAGUGCUUUGCGGAAAACACGGCUGGAGAAAUCCAAGCAUAUACCAACUUGGUUGUCACAAGCGUGUCCCCAUCUUUUGUCACUCCCCCUUCUGACAUCACUGUGACUGACGGAACAUCAGCUGUCUUCAGCUGCAAGACGUCCGGCGCCCCCAAACCUGCCAUUGUUUGGAGAAAAGGUUCUCAGGUGCUAGCGAGCGGCACGGUUCAGGUGCCUCGUUUCACUCUGCUGGAAUCCGGAGGCUUGCAGAUUCUACCCAUAAUGCAGAGCGACGCCGGGAACUACACGUGCUCGACGUCUAACACUGAGGGAUUAGUCAACGCCACCGCGGCUCUCACGGUCUUGAGCCGAACCUUUAUUUCGACAUCCCCUGAGGAUCAGCGUGUCAUCAAAGGGACCACUGCCGUGCUGAACUGUGCCGCAACCCAUGACCCAAGACUCACCGUGAGAUACUCUUGGAAGAGAGGAACGCGCCCGCUGAGCGUGUCGACCGGUGGGCGAGUGUCAAUGAAGGAAGGUUCCCUUCACAUCAGCCAGACGUGGUCAGGAGACAUCGGGGACUACACCUGCAGGGUCACCUCGCCAGCUGGAAACGACACGAAAACCGCUCGCCUGGAAGUCAUAGAACUUCCUCAUUCGCCGCGUAAUCUCCAGGUUGCACUGAAUGAGACGGACAGCAGAACGGUUCUUCUGUCGUGGGUUCGACCCUUUGAUGGGAACAGCCCUCUUUUGAAUUACAUCAUUGAACUCUCUGAGAACAAUUCUCCGUGGAAGGUUUACAUGGCUGACGUUAGUCCUACACUAACCAGUUUGUUAGUCAGUGGUCUGACACCAGCGAGGACAUAUCAGUUCAGAAUAUGUGCUGUCAAUCAGGUUGGACGUGGGCAGUACAGCCCUGAGACAAACAGGCUGAUGCUGCGGGAGGAACCACCCAGCGCACCUCCUAAAAACAUCGUGGCUAGUGGCAGAACCAAUCAGAGCAUCAUGGUCCAGUGGCAGCCGCCUCCAGAGCCACAGCUAAAUGGCGUCCUACGAGGUUAUGUGCUCAGAUAUAGAUUGGCGGGUCUGCCUGGUGAGUUUCAGCUGAAGAACAUCACCAGUGCAGAGAUUAAUUACUGUCUGAUUGGAGACCUCAUCAUCUGGACGCAGUAUGAGAUCCAAGUGGCUGCCUACACUGGAGCCGGCCUGGGGGUGUACAGCCAGUCUGUCACUGAGUACACUCUACAAGGAGUCCCCACAGCGCCACCACAAGACGCGGAGGCUGUCGCGCUCAACUCCACCACCAUCAAAUUCACCUGGACGCCACCGCCCCAACAGUUUAUCAAUGGCAUUAACCAGGGGUACAAGCUGCUGGUAUGGCCUGAACACUGUCCCGAAUGCAUCACCAUGGUGACUAUUGCCCCUGAGUUCCACGGGUCACGUCACUAUGGUUACAUUAGCGAUUUAAAAAAGUUCACAUGGUACGAAACGGCAGUUCUUUGUUUCACCACGCCCGGCGACGGUCCGGCUAGCACACCACAGCUCAUCCAGACACAUGCUGACAAACCGGGUCCGGUUUCUCAAUUGAGCUUUACUGAGAUCCUGGACACAUCUUUGAAGGUUAGCUGGCAGGAACCAGAAGACAAGAACGGCAUCAUCACAGGUUACAUCUUAUGUUGGGAAGAAGCUGACCAAAACGAAACCCGUGUAUCUCAUACACUGUCCAACUCCACACUGGCCUUUAAAGUAACCGGUCUCACUUCCCUAACCACGUACACGCUGCAGGUGGCCGCAGUAACACAGGCCGGUACCGGAACGACCACUUCAUCGACCAUCUCGACAGGACUGCCUCCAGAGCUGCCCGGUGUGCCCUCGAAUCUAGUUAUCUCCAACAUAAGUCCUCGAUCCACCACCAUCAGAUUUCGCCCCGGCAGCGAUGGCAAAACCGCCAUCUCCAAAUGGAUUGUGGAAGGACAGGUGGGUACUGCGGGCGAGGCAGAGGAGUGGAAGGUCGUGUAUGAGAAAGACAAUCCGCCAGCUUCUGGAGAUUCUUUGGAGAUUCCAAAUCUGAUCCCAUUCACCCAGUACAGGUUCAGGAUGAAGCAGGUGAACGUCGUGGGUUCGAGUCCGUUCAGUCAGCCGUCACGUGUGAUGCAGACCCUUCAGGCCAGUCCAGACGUGGCUCCUACAGAUCUCAGCGUGGUCUCCGCCAGUGAAACCAGCCUGAGGAUUCGGUGGGAGCCACUUACAGAAGCAGCUUACAAUGGAAAUCCUGAAAGCGUGGGCUACCGCGUACGCGCUCGGAGGUCGGACGGGCUCGGGCAGCCGCGGAUGGAGAUGGUUAAUGAACGUAUGUCUCGAGAGGUGACGGUAGAGGAUCUGGAGGAGUGGAUGGAGUAUGAGCUGAGCGUUCAGGCCUUUAAUGCCAUCGGUUCUGGACCAUGGAGCAAUCCAGUGCUGGGCAAGACUAAAGAAUCAGUUCCCUCUGGGGCUCCAGAAAACAUGAGCGCAGAAGCGAUGAGCUCCACGAGUAUACUGGUCAACUGGGGUUCAGUCCCUGAACACCAGAAAAACGGCCAAAUCCUUGGAUAUAAGGUAUUAUACAAAGAAAAAGAUUCAGAGCGGGCUCCCCAGGUUCAGCUGGUGAACGGGCACCAGGUUCACUCUCUUCUUUUGCGCGACCUGAGGAAGUUCAUCUUGUAUGAAGUCCAAGUGCUUGCGUUUACACGUGUCGGAGAAGGACCACCCAGCCUUCCCCCCACAACUGAGAGAACAAAGGAAGACGUUCCUGGUCCACCUGUCAGGUUGGUGUUUCCAGACGUGAGACUCACAUCUGUCAGGGUUGUCUGGCAGCCUCCCUCUGAGCCAAAUGGUAUUAUUAUGGGUUAUCAGAUUUCUUACCGACUGGAUGUCAAUGAUCCUAACAAGUUCACCACGGUUGAGGUGGGGUCCAACGCUCGGCAGUUUACAGUGACGGGAUUGAGCCCAGAGUCUGCAUACGUAUUUCAAAUCACAGCACGCACACAGCAGGGCUGGGGACCACCGGAGGAAGCGGUCGUCAUAACAACGGAGAAAAGAGAGCGUCCACAGCCGCCUCGCCGGCUGACGGUGCCACAGAAAGGGGUGGAGUCUCGUAAGCUUCGACUACAGUGGACGGCGGGCGGGGACGGGUCGUCCCCUGUGCGCUACUACACCCUGCAGACGUCGGAGCUGCCAGAUGGAGAAUGGAAGAUCCACACGUCCUCCAUCGGUCAUAACAACACCUCCUGGGACGUGGAUAGGUUGAAGCCGUACACCUCUUACAAAUUUAGAAUGAUGGCCACAAAUGAUGUGGGUGAAAGCGCCUUCAGCAAAGAAACCGAGCCAGUAACCACACUGCAAGAUGUGCCGAGUGAAGCUCCUACAAUUUUGCAGGUCAAACCGUCCACCACAACAUCUGUGAUCGUCCAGUGGCAGCCGCCUCAGGAGGGAACCGUGAAUGGGAUUCUUGUAGGAUAUCGCGUGUAUUAUCGUGAGAUUCCGCGUGAGGACGCAACGGCCGAACCGAAAACUGAAAUCAGCCAAUCAACAAUGAGUCCAGAGUUCAAAGCCAAGAGCACUUUUAAGACAGUGAGCAGCCCUUCAUUAACCGAAUUUGAAUUAACACAACUCCUGAAGUACCGGCGCUAUGAGAUUGUCAUAACAGCAUUUAAUGUUGUUGGAGAGAGUCCCUCAAGUUCACCUGUUGAGGUGUUUGUAGGAGAAGCAGCUCCUUCAGUAUCCCCUCAGAACAUCCAGGUGAAAGCUGUUUCCUCCUCUCAGCUGGACGUCGAGUGGCAGCCUCCGCCCGUAGAGACACAGAACGGGAACAUUCAGGGAUACAAGAUCCACUACUGGGAAAAGGAUAAGCAGAAUGAGACGGAAAAGGAGCUGCUCUUGUUUGUUCCCGAUACAUCCGUGCACCUGAAGAAUCUGACGUCAUAUGCCACCUACCUCGUGCAACUUUCCGCGUUUAAUGCGGCGGGGGACGGCCCGCUCAGCGCCGCCCGUAAAGGACGAACGCUGCAGGCUGCUCCCGGAGCUCCCAGUCAUGUUUUGUUUUCGGAGGUAACAGGGAGCUCAUUGAAUGUGUCGUGGGGUGCACCUUUGCAGCCCAAUGGAGUGCUGGAAGGUUACAGAGUGAUCUACGAGCCCACGGCACCUGUUCAUGGUGUCAGUAAGACAGUUACGGUGGACAUCAAGGGGAACUGGCAGCGUUGGCUGAAGGUUCGAGACCUGAUGAGGGGUGUGGUCUAUCGCUUUAGAGUUCAGGCCAGAACCAUCAGUUAUGGGCCUGAGCUGGAGGCCAAUAUAACUGCCGGACCAGUGGAAGGCUCUCCUGGGUCGCCCUUGCAGACCUUGAUCACAAAAUCAGCUGCGGCUCUGACGCUUCAUUGGUCAAAGGGUGCUGAAGGGGCGGGACCUGUCACAGGAUACGUCAUUGAAGCCCGUCCAUCAGAUGAAGGAUUAUGGGACACAUUUGUCAAGCAUCUCCCACCUGGAAGCUUCUCGUACACCAUCAGUCUGGACCGCCUACGUUCAGGUGUGGCCUAUGAGUUUCGUGUCAUCGCCAUCAACCGUUUCGGCUAUGGUGAUCCCAGCCUGCCUUCUACCGCCAUGUCUGCUCUGUCUGAAACGCCCUUCUACGAGGAGUGGUGGUUCCUGGUGGUCAUGGCAUUGAUAAGCAUCAUUCUGAUUCUGAUGGUUGUGUUUGGUUUGCUGCUGCUUGGACAGAACAAGAAGUACAGGAGCUGUGGUACAGGAAAGCACAUCUCCACUGUAGAAGAGACUGUAACUCUUGAUAACGGUGGCUUCACAGCAUUAGAGUUAAACAGCAGACAUCUGAAUGUGAAAAGCUCUUUCCUCAAGAAGAAUGGAACGAGGUCACCACCACGACCGAGCCCGGGUGGACUGCACUACUCGGAUGAAGACAUCUGUAAUAACUAUAACGGGGCAGCUUUAACAGAGAGCACCACCCUUACGGAAAAACCAACAGAGCUUUCCGAGUCAGAGGUGAGCGACAGCGACUACGAGGACGAGCAACCCAAGCAUUCGUUCGUAAAUCACUACAUGAGUGACCCCACCUAUUACAACUCGUGGAAGCGUCAGCCCAAAGGCGCAAAGCCGGGAGGAGGUUUCGAGGAAUGUCCCAUGACGGAUGCGGAGGGGGGUUAUUAUCAGACUGUGGUGACCCAACACAGCGUCGGAGGCGUCUAUACGCCCACAGGGCAGCCGGCACCGGGAACACGCACCCCUGUGACGGGCUUCUCCUCGUUUGUCUGAUUAACCAAUGAAAACACUCAAAAACAAGCGUGGGGAAGACAAACAGAAUGUUGGGAUGAUUUGCGUCGUCGCAUAGAGAUGAAUGACCUGUAAUUCCCCCGAAAUAUGUAUUUUACUCUCUUCAAAGAAGGGAGGGUAUUAAAGUAUUUAAUUGUUGAUGUGUUUCUGGGUGGAUUUUCGAAGUUAAACCACAACCCGAAUGGAGCGAAGACGUUACACUGUGAGACUCUUUAGCAAGAGGCGAUACCUAUUUCGCAAAGAACCACAACAGGAAGGAAUUUAAUUCCCGUUCCAUGGGAUUAACCGUAAUGUGUGGGCAAACACGAUCGAGUGAUUGGGCGAAAAACAUUCUGAUCCCUAAAAAUCACAGGACUUGUACAGUGUGUGAUAGGAACAACGACGUGUUUGUGUGUUUUUUUGUGGUGGGAAGACUGAAAAUACUGCCUUUGCACACGUAUUGCUCUCUUAAACCAAAAGAGUGAUGCUUUAAUCGAUGAAGAAAAUGUGCGCGACAGACGUUUUCUUAGGUUAGCAAUACUGUAUGUAAAAUAGGUUGUAUGUGUGUAUAUUUUUAGGAUCACUUUUUGUACGAACAAUGUUUUUACCGUAGUGUAGAUCUGUGCCAAGUCGACGUAGUACUUUAGUGAUGUUCAUGUCACAAUCCACGCUGUUUAUUUGACGGGCUUGCGUUGUAUGUACAAUCCAGUCAUGCGGAGAAUUGAUAACCAAUCCAAAUAUACGCAGAUUUUCCUUUUUUAAUGGUGAACAAAUAUUUAUUUCAGUAUGAAAGAUCGUCAGUGUUGAUGAAUAAAACACAGCAAAUAUGAUAAC